AUGUAUGACGAAUCAUUGGUUUUUGAUUUGUACAAUUUUUUCUCGAGGGCUUUAGAGUUAAAUCUAAAUGCAAACAUUAUUAGGAAUUCAGUCUCCCAAUGUUUAUGCAUCCUACCGAGUGAAAUUACACCAAAAAUUGUUUCAGAUGUUAUGCAUAUAGUGGCAGAUGUCGCUAUCAUAAAAAACCCUGGUGGCAGCGAUGGUGAUAGUCAAAGAUUAAAUAAUAAUAUUAAUAAUAUUAUUAAUGUUACUGAUAAUAAUAUUAUUGGAAUUAGCGGCCUCGAAAGGUGCAAAAUUAUCGAUGGUAGCAAAAAUAAUAACGAAGUAAUUUUUGUAAGUAUUACCACUCCCACUGCUAAUGCUACUGCUGCAACUGCAGCUACAAUUACCACUACUACUACUACUAGCACUGCUGCUACAGAAAAUUAUGAAGGUGUUGGUGAUGACCCGAUAAAAGAAGAUGAUGUACUAAUUAAUGUCUCAAAUGCAGAGAUGAACAGACGAAUAAAUGCCUUCAUGAAAAAUCAAAGACAGAAUAUUAAUCUUCUGAACAUCAAAGAGUUUUGCCAUAAAAUUCCAGAAGAGUCAGAUGAAAACAGCUGUGCUAGAGUUGAAGCAGUAUACAAACCCUGCCAAGGAAACGACCGCCAUGUAUCGAAGAAGCGGUCAAUAAUUACCAAGGGAGCUCAAUCGAAAAGAUACAAAGUUGAUGAAAUCAUGCCUUCUUCACACAUUGUCAACGAGAGAUUGGACAAUCUUGAAAAAUUCCUUACCAUAAGUUCAUCUCAAAAUCAAGCCCUGUCCAGAAGUUAUUCCGAUAGGCUGAAAAAUCUAGAAGACAGAUUGAUAUACCUGGAGAGCCUAUCUCCAGAGUAUUUUCAAAUACCGAUCAAUUACAACAAUACCGUUGAGUUAUUGUAAUAUAAUAAUAAUUAUAAUAAUUCCUAUAAUUUCUGGGAUAUCAAUAAUAACUGGGCGGCGUGAUGGCUCGAUGGUUAAAGGCGCCUGGUCUUGCUAAUGCAAUGACUGGGUUCGAAUACAAAGAGAUCCCCGCCUAUCAUAUGCAAUGUGUAUGGUGCGUGGUUUGCACGCGUGUUCAUAUAAGCUGUGUGUGUUUGUUGUUGAAACCUCUGAAGCAAAUGCAAAAGAGAGAGAUUGACCUUUAAUAGUCUACUCAGUACUGUUUACUAUUUAUUAUUAUGUUAUUAUUCAUAAUUAUUUAUUUACUAUUCACAAGUAUUGUUAUAUAUUGAAUGUUUAUAUAUAUAUAUAUAUAUAUAUAUAUAUAUAUAUAGAUUUUAUUUUGUGGAAAAAGUCCAACAAAACGACAAUUAAUUAAUUAACUAAUUCAAUUAAUUAAACAAUAAUAUUGGAAUAUAUAGCACAAAAAACAAGAAAAUCUAUAUUUGGUUAAAAAAAAUAUCUAUAUCUAUUUGAAAGACUUUCUGAUAAGUUCACAUACACAAAUAUAAUGUAUAAGUGUAUGUAUGUGUAUAUGUGUGUGUAAAUAUGUGUAUAUAUAAAAAUAUAUACUAGUAUAUGAUAAUAUAUUAUACAAUUGUUCAGUAUAUGUAUACGUAUUUGUAUAUAGAAAUGAAAUUGUAAGUAUAUUUCUAUCUAGUUAUAUUGUCAUUAUGUAUAUAAAAACCGAUAAAAUUGAAAUGAAAGACCGGCUCAUGAAAGACUUUGGUAGGGAAGUAAAAAAAAUUAAUCAUUGGUCCUUAAAAUUGUAUGUAAAACAUUUAGCUACAUAGUCGGGCAAUUUCUGCACUCCUUCAAUUUUUAUCUAUCUUAUAUCUAUCUAUCUUUUAUCUGUCUAUCUUUCAUCUAUCUUUUAUCUAUCUAUCAUCUAUCUUUUAUCUAUUUAUCUAUCUUUUAUCUAUCUUCUUUCAUCUAUCUAUCUAUUUUCUAUCUAACAUAUCCAAACUCUGGUGUUUGAUUAGGACUUAGACCUUUACUAAAAUGCUACCAGCAAUAGUUAGUUCAAAUUCAUGAUAAAUUUAUGAAAUCAAACGCUACUGCGAUGCGAACUAUAUAAAAGUAGAAGAGACUUCUGACGGCCUCUUGUUCAAGAAUAUCUAAACGUUUUACAAUGAUUAACAAUUUAUAUUAAUUAUUAACAAAUAAACAUAAUUUUAUGAGUGAAAACCGAAUAAAGGAGGUAACUACUGUUAAACACGAGUACAUAAUAUAGCGUAAAAAUUACCUAACACAUGCACAAAAAA